AUGCAGAAAAUGACGAUUCGUUUCCCUGAGGAAGUUCUCGAGCGGCGGAUUUUCGUCGGAAACUGCUACGCCGUGAGUCCUUCAACGGUGACGAAACGGUUUCCCGAGCUAAGAUCCGUUUCGCUGAAAGGGAAACCGCACUUUGCGGACUUCAAUUUGGUGCCGGAAGGAUGGGGAGGUUAUGUUAGUCCGUGGAUCGCGGCUAUGGCGUAUGGUUUGCCGUUGCUGGAAGAGAUUCGGCUCAAGAGGAUGGUUAUUACGGAUGAGAGCUUGGAGCUUAUUGCUAAGUCGUUUAAGAAUUUUAAGGUUUUGGUGCUUAUUUCGUGUGAGGGGUUUACGACGGAUGGACUUGCUGCCAUUGCUUCUAAUUGCAGGAAUUUGAAGGAAUUGAACUUGCAGGAGAGUGAACUGGAGGACCUUAGUGGGCAUUGGCUAAGCCAAUUCCCUGAUUCUUACACAUCAUUAGUUUCACUUAACAUCUCUUGCUUGAACAAUGAGCUUGCUGAGUUAGGCACAGGAGUCUACUCAGCUGAGAUGCGUCCAGAGGUCUUCUCAAACCUAGUAACAGCAUUUUCUGGGUGCAAGCAAAUGAAGAGCUUGUCUGGUUUUUGGCAAGUUCUGCCAUCCUACCUUCCGGCACUAAAUCCAGUCUGCUCUAGGCUAACAUCACUAAACUUGAGUUAUGCUGUCAUUCAAAGCUCUGAUCUUAUCAAGCUUGUCGGUCAAUGCCCCAAUUUGUUGCGGUUAUGGGUGCUUGAUUACAUAGAAGAUGCUGGUCUUGAUGUCGUUGCUGCUUCAUGCAAGGAUCUACAGGAGUUGAGGGUGUUUCCCUCUGAUCCAUUUGGUUUAGAACCAAAUAUUGCGUUGACAGAACAGGGUCUUGUCUCUAGUAGGCCUAAUUUGACUCGCUUUCGCCUGUGUAUUCUGGAGCCUCGAACUCCUGACUAUCUUACCCUUCAACCACUAGAUUCUGGUUUUGGAGCUAUUGUAGAGCAUUGUAAGGAUCUUCGGCGCCUUUCCCUUUCCGGCCUUCUUACUGAUCGUGUUUUUGAGUAUAUUGGAGCUCAUGCAAAGAAGCUGGAGAUGCUAUCCGUUGCCUUUGCCGGAGAUAGCGAUUUGGGUCUCCAUUAUAUGCUGUCUGGGUGUGAUAAUCUUAGGAAGCUUGAGAUCAGGGACUGCCCCUUCGGCGACAAGGCUCUUUUGGCCAAUGCGGCAAAACUCGAGACAAUGCGAUCCCUUUGGAUGUCCUCUUGCCCAGUGAGUUAUGGAGCGUGUAAGCUACUGGGUCAGCAAAUGCCCAGACUUAAUGUUGAAGUCAUUGAUGAAAGAGGACCUCCAGAUUCAAGGCCGGAUAGCUGUGCUGUGGAGAAGCUUUAUAUAUACAGAAGUACUGCUGGGCCAAGGUUGGACAUGCCUGGUUUUGUCUGGACAAUGGAAGAUGAUUCCGUCCUUCAGCUCGAGCAACCUAGCAGUGUAUAG